AUGACCAAUGACCAGCUGACCCAGGGACCAGGGCCGAGCACUGAGACCAGUACCAAGACCAGCAAGGGACAGCGGGUCCAGGACCUACAAGGACCAGGACCAGAGCGAAAAAAUGACCAAAGAAGACCAGCAAGGUCCAAGGACCUACAAGGACCCAAGGACCCAGGACCAGCAAGGACCAGGACCCAGCAGGACCAGGACCCAGCAAGGACCAGCAAAGGACCAGCAGGACCCAGCAAGGACAAACAGGACAGCAGGACCAGCAAGGACCAGCAAGGACCAGCAAGGACCAGCAAGGACCAGCAAGGACCAACAAGGACAGCCAGCAAGGACCAACAAGGACCAGCAAGGACCAACAGGACCAAGCAAGGACCAGGACCAGAACCAGGACCAGGGGCCAGGACCAGGACCAGGACAAGGACCAAGGACCCAAGGACCAAGGACCAAGGACCAAGGACCCAGGACCAGGACCAGGACCAAUGA